UUAUGUCAUUCAUGUACCUGCUUGGUGAUUUUGAAGAAAUAAAAAUUACAGACUUGUACUUUUUCUUAAACCAUUUAGUAUAGGAAAUAAUUAGGGUACUAUGCAAUAGGGUGCAUUAAAUUUCAAGUAUUAGAUACUAUAAUGGCGGACAGGGAUUUGUCAUUAGGACCUAGAGCUGGGGUAACGUACCCGGUAAAGGUUCAGUACUGUGGAAACUGUUCGAUGCCGAUAGAAUAUUGCGAAUAUUAUCCUGAAUAUGAUAAAUGUAAACAAUGGUUAGAGAAAAAUUUACCAACAGAGUUCGAAAAAGUAAAGAUAGAUGAAGAAGAUAAUGCUGGUGGUGAGGAAGAAAAGAAACGCCAAAAGCGAGGUGGAAAGGGUAUGCUAAAGUCUAAGAAAAAGGAAGAUGUUCCCAAGUUAGUGCAAGUCUCCCGAGCUCCUCGAGGCAAAAAGAAAUCGGUCACAGUUGUAUCUGGCUUAAGUACUUUUGAUAUUGAUUUGAAAGUGGCAGCUAAGUUCUUUGGCACCAAAUUUGCAUGUGGAUCAUCAGUAACAGGUGACGAUGAAAUUGUAAUCCAAGGUGAUGUGAAGGAUGACCUAUUUGAUGUAAUACCUGAAAAGUGGCCAGAGAUUGAUGAAGACAGUAUUGAAGAUUUGGGAGACCAAAAGAGAUAGUCUGAAUAUCCAAGAAGAGAGAAUCAUAGCUCUUUUUCAAGAUGAAUGCAACAACUAUGUUUUUUAUUCAUGCAAAAUAGAAAUGAAGUUUUGUCAAUCUUUUAUUUAUUUUACCAGCUUUUGUC